AUGUCUCAAGAUUCCAAAGAAUGGAUCAAGUCUCGUAUGAAUACAUUAAAAAAGCAAGCUGGUUUUGCUUUUAAUGAAGAUGUUUUCAUUUCUGUCUUAUUAUGCUUGGUAUCCGGAAGAGAUAAACAUCUCAUAUUAACAGCUCCUCCAGGACGACUAAAGGAAGUGACUCAGUUAGCCUCACAAAUCUGUAGGUGCUUGUUUGGCCUGACAACAGCACAAUUACAAUGUCAUGAGGCACAGACACAAAAUGAAUUAGUUGACAUUUUGUUUAGUUCAAAAGAUGAAAACAAUGAUUCGUUUUAUAAACCUUCAUCCUUUCAAAAGGCGAGCCGAACUUUUCAUACAACCGAUUUUAAUUCAAGUCGAAAUACAACACCAAAGUUAGAAGACGAACUCUUUCAUACGACACCUAUCAGUCCAGUCGAUUUUACCUUGAAACGAACUAAGCAAUCGCUCUAUACCUCCUUGAAAACUGGACGUCGACAAGAAAAUGAAGAAAAGAGACCAGCAGCGACCAAGAUUGUUCAGGCACUGCUUGUGGAAGAUUUAGAUAAGGCAGAUGAGUCGAUUCAGGCCGUCCUGUUAGAACUGAUGAUCAAUAAGGAACUUCGUUUAUCCAACAUUCGAUACAAUGUGCCAAAGCCCUUCUUUUUGAUUAUCGCUGUACUCCCUCAUGACUUCAAUCGACGGUCUAUUAGUGCUCAAUUGAUUGAUAGGUUCUUUAUUAGCUAUCAGUUUGAGGAAGAGAUGUUCCAGACUCUAUCAUUAUCUAGGCCAUUUACAAGACGACAGGCAUUAAUGAGACAGGAUGAAAUCAAAGUUUUGUCAGACAAGGCUAAAAAGGUCCAUGUUCACAUCGAUAUCUCUCGUUAUGUGCGUGAUAUUGUCGUGGGUAUACGAACUCAUCCAAGAGUAAAGGGAGGCAUCACGGCAAGAAGCAGCCAAGAUCUUGUUACUGUUAUCAAGUAA